CAUGUAAUGUCGCACCAUUGACGUUGAAACAAACUUAGUAGCGCUUUUCGUUGGAGCAGUUGCGACCACGUACGUCGCCAUAUUGGAAAUAUGACGGGUGGUGCGUUCAUAAGUUUUGGAAUUUGUAAGACAAAAAGAUGGCUGCUAUAUUUGCCCUUUACCGGGUUGCACAUAUGUAUUGACACGGCUUGUGUAAAGUCAUACGUAAUAAAGGUAACUAUAUGAUAAUUCGUUCUCACAAUAUGAAAGCAAUGGAUAAUUCCACGGUCUCAUGAAAAGCACACUUUGUAACUACACCGAAGUUGUACGGAAAGGCAGCACGACUCCGGAAGCAGAAAUAGCAGGAACAUCAACAUUUCCAUGGGUUAAGACCGAUCAGCGGAGCCCCGAGGAACGCAGUGCUGACUGACAAUAAAAGGGGUGUUGGGAGGCGAACUUGCCCUCUACGACCUACAUUAUACAUUUCUUUUCAAGUGAGACAAAACCGGCCUUCACAGUGGAAACUAGAAGAAGAGCAAAGAUGAAUGCUUUGCGUGGGGGCACAGUCACGUGGCGCCCCCAACCAUGGCAGGAUGGGGAUGGAAGAGAAGGGGAGCCGCUGUCAGACAGUGACUCAGAGGAGGAGGACUUCCCCGAUGACAGCACCACUCCGCUGGGAGACUACAUCACUCUCGGAAUAAAGCAGCUCCUGGAUGCUCAGCAGCUAUGUGAUGUGACUCUGCUUGUUGAGGGAAGGAAGUUCCUGUGUCACAGGGUGCUCCUAGCUGCGGUGAGCCCAUACUUUAGGGCUAUGUUUACCAGUCCUCUGGUGGAGUCUCGCCUCACUGAGAUCCGACUGGAAGAAGUGACACCAUCCGUCAUGGAGACCGUCAUCCAGUUUGUAUACACCGGAGAAGCGGGGCUGUCUCUAGAGACCGCUGAGGAUUUGUUCGUGGCGGCCAAUCGCCUUCAAGUCAUGCCUCUACAAGACUUAUGCUCCAGGUUUCUGUUCGAGCACUUGUCAGUGGACAACUGUUUGGGGAUGUAUUCUCUAGCUCGAUCUCACCAUGACCAGCUAUUGCUCCGUGCUUCCCUUCGGCUGGUGGCCCAUCACUUCCCUCGCGUGUCCCGCCAUAAAGACUUCCUCCUUCUUGAUCAAGGCACCUUAGGUAGCCUCUUGAGUUCGGACCGCUUAGGCGUAGACUCUGAGGCGGAGGUAUACGACGCUGCCAGGCGCUGGGCGGAACACCAUCCGUUGGAUCGCUAUGCCCAUAUGCCAGCGCUGCUUCACCACCUGCGUCCAGGCCUGCUGUCGCAGGAGGAGAGUAGAAGACUGAGCCAGGAGUUGGGCCCUGCAGCAGCUGGUGAAGGCCUUGGAGGGCCCCUACGACCAAGGGAGGGAAUGUUUGAGAAAAAAAUUGUGUGUAUAGCCCUGACACAAAAGGAAGAUGACCAGCUAGCUGCACAAGACUACACAAUGGACUGCUUUGACCCCCGGACAGGAAGGUGGGAGAAGCUGGCGCCGUUGGGCUCAUUGGUGAGUCCCGGUUGUACGGCUGUGGGCGAAAGGCUGUUUGUAGCAGGAGGGAUUCUGGGAACAGGCUCAGUGUCUUCAGCUGUGCACGAAUAUGAUGCCGUGCUGGACCGCUGGACAGAACGCCCGUCAAUGGCCGUACCUCGGUGUAUGCUGGGUCUGGUAGGCUGUGGUGGAUUGCUUUAUGCCUUAGGGGGAAGCAAUCGCUCGGCACUACUGGAUUCCAGCGAGACACUGAAGCUGGCUACACUUCGGUGGGCACCGGGUCCACGGCUGCCCUUACCUCUGCGUGCCUUUGCCUGCGCAACUCUGCGUGGACGACUCUACCUUUUAGGUGGAACCACAGUUGAACAGAACCGGGCUGUGGUCCACUCAGGGGUACUUAUUUAUCAUACCCUGACAGACUGCUGGACUCGAGUGGCUCUGGACUCUGGUGCAACUUGUCUUGCUGGGGGUGUAGCAGUGCGAGGAGGAGUCUGUGCCAUAGGCGGAUACAUCAGGGAUACCACUAAGUUUCUAGAUGGAAACUACACCAAUCUGGAGACAUUAGACGCCACAGGCCGGGUACUAUUUUUCAGGGAAGGUAGGGCAUUUGGUGACGAGCGAGAGGUGACUGGAGGAGGGGUUACAAUCUCUGCGGACCAGCGCGCAGGGGCAGGCAGGGGCAGUGACAGAGCACUGAGCCCUGUGGUUUUCCCUGGCCUACCGCGGCGGAUCGCAGCUGGGGGAGUGGCCAGAUGGAAACGGAGAAUUUAUGUUUUGGGCGGAGAAAAUGGCUCUCGGUUCUAUGACAGUGUGUACUGUUGGAAGCCUGGCUGGCGUAGUUGGGUGCAGAGACGUGAGAAACUCCCGGGAGAUACGGGUGGGGUCAGUCAGUUUGGGUGCACCACUCUAAAGUUUCCCAAGAAACACAUCCUGUUCAGACUGAGACGCGCCAAAGAGAACUGCGUUCUGCAUGAGUAGCUUUUGCACUGAAGCAGUACACCUACAAAUGAGCCCAGGGGUUCAACUUGUAAUAGUUCACAAAAGUUUGAUUGCAACUAGGCAUGUGCCGGUAUGAUAGUCUGACAGUAUGAUAACCUUAAGCCAAAAUAUCGUGGUUUCACAGUAUCACGGUAUUGCAAUUACAGCUCUAAAAUGUUACUUUGAGAUAUCUGGGUUAAAAAAAAAUUAACUGAACCGUAUUUUUCGUUUUCAAAACAUAUUUAUAAAUUGGAACAUAAGUAUAGUGUUGUUAAAAUAAAUACAUUUUAAAAAUAUAUACAGUGCCCUCCAUAAUUAUUGGCACCCCUGGUUAAGAUGUGUUUUUAGCUUCUAAUAUAUAUAUUUUUUUUAUUCAAAUAGUAUGGGACCUUGAUGAAAAAAAAGAAAAAUCCAACCUUCAAUACAAGUGCAUUUAUUCAGUGGGGGAAAAAUCCCACAUAAAGAAAUAAUUAUUUGACAUCAAAUAAUGUGUGUCACAAUUAUUAGCACCCCUGGUGUUAAUACUUUGUACAAUCCCCUUUUGCCAACAAAACAAGGUCUGGGGACUGAGAUGGCCAUGGGAGGAGCUUGAUUUUGUGUCUGGUGAACCAUUUCUGUGUAGAUUUGGCCAUAUGUUUAGGGUCAUUGUCUUGCUGAAAGACCCAGUGACGACCCAUCUUCAGCUUUCGGGCAGAGGGCAACAGAUUUUGAUUUAAAAUGUCCUGGUAUUUCAAAGCAUUCAUGAUGCCAUGCACCCUAACAAUGUUCCCAGGGCCUUUGGAAGCGAAACAGCCCCACAGCAUCACUGACCCACCCCCAUACUUCACAGUGGGUAUAAGGUGCUUUUCAGCACGCCAGACCCACUUAGAGUGUUUGUUGCCAAAAAGCUCAAUUUUGGUCUCAUCUCACCAAAGCUCCUGCUCCCAGGCUUCAACUGGGACCGUGUGCUUUGGUCAGAUGAGACCAAGAUUGAGCUUUUUCGAACCAAACACUCUAAGUGGGUCUGGCGUGCCACGAAAGAUGCGCAUGCGCAUGCCGUCUGUAACUUUUCUUUAGACAAAGUAUUCGCAUACCAGUGAUUUCGUUUUCUUCAAUGGGGGAAAAAAGUUCAGGAGUUUCACCUCCUUCAGCCAUUGUUUAGCACAGCUGACUCAGUGACACUGAGCAACAACCGGUGGGGGAGGUUUGAGCCUUUCAGCUGCAAGCAAGGAAUUUCUCCAUGUAUUUAUGGAGAAAACAUAAAAAGACUCCGUAAAAAAUGGCUUAUACCCUACGGACAGUAUGACGAAAAGUUUUUGCGGUUUUAAAACCUUGACAUUUUCAUACCACGGUAUACCUUGCAACCGGUAAUCGGCACAUGUCUAGCAACUGCAACAUAGGUCAUGGAUGUCCAAACCAGUCCAUUAGAGCCACUUAUGUUGCAGGUUUUUCUUCCAACUGAUUCAGCACAGACAGUUUAACAAAAGUGGUUUCUGCCAGAACAAGCAGCACCUAACUGCAAUCCACUAAUUACACUUGUGAGACACCAGAUGAAAAGGUUACUUCUUGACCGGUUAGAAUGAAAACCUGCGCCCACUGCGGCCCAUUGUGUAAUAGUUUGGACACCUCCUCCAUAGAUUGUACAAACAGAUGGUGGGGCAAAACUAAGUUUAAUUCACCUGAAUGUACUUUCAUCUUCUCACACUAAAAUCUUUUAAAAGGUUUUUCUUGUUUCAAGUCUGUCUAGUGUUAACAUAAAGAAGUUUGCACAUUUAAAACAUGUGCAAAUUACUUGAUUUGUGAUCAGUAUCUGUAAGCCAUUUUGAAAAAGAUCAAGUCAGUUUUAUACAAGUAGGUAUUGUUGUUAUCUGCUCAGUAUUUACUAUUGUUUUGAUAUAAUUAUGUUUAGAAGUGUUUCAACAAUGUCUAUGCGGUACAUCUGAUAAGAAGCACAUCCAUCUACUAAAAAGUUCCACAGUGUUUUAUAGAGUUAUUAAACAAUUCCUGUCUAUUGCAAAAACCUUCCUCUUCAAGGUACAGCCAGUCACAAUAGGGCAAAAGCUAUGACUAUGUGAAGCAUGAGCAUGGAUUUUGCAUAGGGAUGUCCCGAUCGCAUAUUUCUGCACCAGAGUCCGUGUCACCUGAUUUUGAAAAUCUGCUGUUACAGAGUUGCGAUCCGAAAAUGAAAAAAAUAUUUUUUUCAACAAAGGUUCCAAACAUGUUACAGUACUUCUGCUUUUUCCGGGAGUGUUGCGGAGUAUAAAAUGUAUAUAUUUUUGUUUCUUUCAGCAAUGUGAUUGUAUUUCUGGAUUAUAUUGUUACUUUUUAGCCAUUAAAAAAUAAUAAAUAUAUAUUUUUCUUAAAUCAAAAACCCAAUAAUUUUCACCUGAUUUUGAUCCUCGGGAAAAAGUCACAAUUGGCCAUAUUUCCGAUCACGUGAUAAAAUCGGGGACAUCCCUAAUUUUGCAUCCCAUAGCCAGUUUGUUAAAAUGUCGUUCACCACAAAUGGGCUUACCACAUAAUUGCCAGUUUAAGCCUGUGCAUCAUCUAAAUGCAACCUGCUCAACAAGAUGAAGAAAAGUGCCAUUUUCAUUUGUCAACUGCUGUUAAACAUCCAGCACAUAUGGCGUGUGUGAUUAAUGUAGUAUCAAAUUUCCAAAUCAAAUUCAGAAGGGAAGUCAAAUUUGUUUGUAUCACAUAAAUCAACACAAUGUAAUUAAUUCAAAGUACUUUACGUGACAUAAAAAUGAAAAUGACAAAAAGACGCAAAAGUCAUAAAUCAUCAAGAUAGUUUGAAAACAAUGGAAAAAGAAAUUUAAAAAAAUCCAAUUUGUAUACAUAACAACGACAGUAUAUGGGUCACAUUGUGGUUUUUCUUCAAGAAUUUUACAUUUGAAUCUAUGCCAAAAAUUAACUGUUUAAACAUCUGCAGUGUUGCACUUUAUCUAGAAAGUCUGUAACUGCAGCCACCAUACAGUAAAUCCAACGAAUAAAUUGACACAGUACAGACUGUUAGCAGACCUGCCAUUAAAUAUUAAUAUUUGUUAAAGGCAACAUUUUGAGUUGUGUUGAGUGUCACUUAGUUCUAGAUGACUUAGAUCGCAAAAUCUUAAAUUGGACAAAAAUGUAAUGACAAGUAGCAAAAAAAUAAUCAAAAGUCAUGCAGCUAUAGUAUAUGCUCAGUCUAGCCUAACUAAUAACUUUUAAACAAAUACAAAUCAGAAGAUGUAGUGUCAAUCAAAGACAACAUGUUUGGGAGGAAUCAUGUUAGAACUUGUUAUGGAUUGCGCAGGCAUCAGCACACACAGAGGGUAGUAAAUUUUCUCGGUGAUUAUA